AUGUCGCUCCGCGUUCUGAAUCCGCAGGCGGAGGUGCUGAACAAAUCGGCGGCGCUCCACAUGAACAUCAACGCCGCCAAGGGGCUGCAGGAUGUGCUCAAGAGCAACCUUGGCCCCAAGGGCACCAUUAAGAUGCUCGUGGGGGGGGCUGGGGACAUCAAGCUCACCAAGGAUGGCAAUACUCUCCUCAAGGAGAUGGUGACUCCUGCUCCCAUUCUCUUGCAUUUUCCAUUUCUGAAGUUGCGAGUUGAAAUUAGAGUCAUGGAUCAGUGCCGAUCUCCCUCUCUAAUGGUGCAUCCCGUUUCCUCAGCAAAUCCAAAACCCUACUGCAAUCAUGAUCGCGCGGACGGCCGUUGCCCAAGAUGAUACCAGCGGGGAUGGCACAACAUCCACCGUGCUUUUCAUUGGGGAACUCAUGAAGCAGUCAGAACGCUACAUCGACGAAGGUCUGUGACUGGGAUCCUACCCAUUCUCUCCAUUUCUCGUAUUCAGCAUCACGGAAUGAGCCGUGUGCUUUGUGUGCCGCCGUAUGAAAUAUUAUAAAACCUUGGAGGUGGUGUGUUUCUAAUUUUCACUGUCGAUAGUCCCUUGGAGUGUCUUAGAGCUCUCACUUUCGAUUUCGUUGGAGUUCUGACCUUUUAUUUAAAACCCAAAAAAUGUUAUUGCUUAGACAUUAUUGAUUAGGUGAUGGUGGGCAUAUUGUAAAUGUUGAGAAGAACGACUUCUCAUCGACAUAUAACUAGAUUACCUAACAUUUCAUCUCUGAAUCACGUUGUCCUGAUUUCUUGAGCCUAAACUUCUGGUUUUCACUGGGAAGGUGAAAAUCAGACAAUAUUGAGGGUGGCCAGUUUAGAUUGCCUUGAUAUACUGCCCAUAAAUGGGAAGGCAGAGGAGAUAUACCAGUGCCCUUCACCUGGAGAUAAAUAUGGUUUAAGAACUAUUAUUGUGUCAGAUAGAGGAUAUAUUAAAUAUAACCCUUUAUAAACCUAGUCAACCUGAAAAUGUUUACUUUUCUUUACAGAAAAAAAAAAACUUUAGAAUGAUGUUUCUUUUUGUGACGUAAUAGUAACUUACUGUAGAAGUUUUCUUAUUCUUGGAUUCUUUUCCGUGAUAUCUCCUAAAUUUUAGAUCAUAAAUUGACGCUAUUUAUUUCUUCAUAUUGUAUAUUGAUGUAAACUAUGUAGGAAUGCAUCCACGUGUAUUGGUUGAUGGUUUUGAAAUUGCCAAAAGAGCAACCCUUGAGUUUCUUGAGAAGUUCAAGACUCCUGUUGUAAUGGGUGAUGUGCCUGAUAAGGAGACAUUGAAAAUGGUUGCAAGAACUACCCUCAGGACAAAGGUACUACUUGUUAUUCUCUUCUUCUAUCCGUAGUCUCUUCAAUUUUUGGAAUAAUAGAGUCACAUUUUUUUCGCUCCAUUAUAUCUUUUUUAUUUUUUUAUUUUUUUUAUCUUUCUUCUUCACAGUUACGUGAAACGUUGGCAGAUCAGUUGACUGAUAUAGUUGUCAAUGGAGUAAGUUACUUUGGACCUUGCAUUGUGUUUUAUUCUUUCACAUUGAAUAGAAAAAAAAUGGUUGUUUACCAGUUGCUGGCUACUACAUUUGAUUACCUUAUGCACUUGCUGACUAAGUAUCUGAUGUUUAUUUUUAUGUGCUUUUUAUGUUGGCUAUAGCUUUUUUUUCCCUAAAUUGCACAAGUGGGAGAUACAUGAUCAUUUUUUAUUGCACCCAAGAUCGUGAGUUAUCGGAUAUUAUUUUUUUAUGGUUUCAAGUAACCCUUGUUUCUCCAGGUCCUGAAAAAAAUUAUACCAUGAAAGUUGAUCUUUUUUAUUAUUUCUCAAAAAAGUUUGAUCUUCUAGAGGAAGCAAGUUAAUGUGUGCUUGCUUCCACUUUCAAAGAUAAAAGAAUUUAGAAACUAUGUGUGAUUCAUUAGAACUUGCGUUCCCCUUUUUGAAGAUGUCAACAUGGUUGCAUGGGACUUAGUUAUUUGUUUGCAGAUCUAUUUGGACUUAUAUCCCCCCCUAUGAAGUUAUCAAAAUGGUUCUUUGUGCUUAGGUUUUCUGGCUUCUCAGAUAUUCAAGUUAUAGUCAGGGCAUCAUUGUAAUUUUUUUGUGUUUUUUUUGCGUCUUGAUUUGCUGAUGCCUGGAAGCACCGUUCAUCUUGAUUAUGAUUUGUGUAUUUUUUUUAUAUUUCGUUUUCAAAGAAUUUGUUCACAUCAUAGCUCAUAUAUCUUUACUUUUGUCUGUAAAGUGGUUUUUUCUUAUACCGCGAUCAAUUGGUAGAAUAGUGGUUCAUCCAUACGGUGGUACAAACUUUUAUUUUUUCUAUGCUUGCGCUUCCUAAUAUCUCAAAUGUUAUUGGACGUGGUAGGUCCUCUGUAUUUGCAAGCCAGAAGAGCCUAUUGAUCUUUUCAUGGUGGAGAUCAUGCACAUGCGUCAUAAAUUUGAUGUUGACACACGUUUGGUAAGUUUGCAAUUUGUCAUUCUUUUGCGAACUUAAGAAUGCUGAGCCUUUUUUGUACCCUAUUGUUGGUUUUCUAUAAAUGUUGCGUUUUUUAGACAACAGUUACCUUGGUACAUAAUUUAUAACAGUAGGAAAUAUGGUUUCUUCCUUUAGGUGGAGGGACUUGUCCUUGAUCAUGGAUCUAGGCACCCUGAUAUGAAAAGAAGAGCGGAGAACUGCCAUAUCUUGACAUGCAAUGUAUCCUUGGAGUAUGAGAAGAGGUAUUCCAAUCUUUCCUUUUUGUUUGAUUUAAGUUUGUUCUCUCGUGCCUUAAUAAUUGCCGAAAGCUAGUUACCUGGGGUUCAGUGAAAAUGUCAGCUCCUUCCACGUGGUUUGGCUAACAUUUUCUCUGUCAGUGAAAUAAAUGCAGGAUUCUUCUACUCGAACGCGGAGCAAAGGGAAAAGAUGGUUGCUGCAGAGCGGCGUCAAGUUGAUGAACGAGUUAGAAAAAUUAUUGAAUUGAAGGAUAAGGUAAAUACCCAUGAAGACCUCAUCUUUUUUUUGAAUAUGAAUGUUCGUGCAGAUUUCAAAAUAUGAUGUUUAAAUGUGAAUGUGUCAGGUUUGUGGGGGCACUGACAACAACUUUGUCGUGAUUAAUCAAAAAGGGAUUGAUCCUCCAUCACUGGACCUUCUUGCUAGGGCUGGGGUCAGUUUUUGUCCCAUGAUUCUGAUUUAUGUUUUGUUCCUCUUGUAUAUUCAGGCAUGCAUGACUACUGUUUUUUUGAGUGUUUUGGUUUCUUCGAUAAAUUGAAUUUCUAUCAGUCUAUGAGUCUCAGAAGAUUAGUAAACAGGGGUUUAUUGAAAUUUUCAAAUUGAGUGACGAUUCCUUGAAAAUGUGUCAUAAAAGAUUCCUGCAUCUUUGUGAAAGCCUUGGGUGAGUUUGAUUAGCUUACAGUGUCCCAUCCGAAUUUCUUUCCUUUGCAGUGCAUUAAUUUAAUAAACUCAUCUAUAUCAGUUAGUGAGAAGCUACGCCAAUCAUAGAUGCAGGUAGUUUUGGUAUUUUAUGGUCAGAAAAACAUGGUCCUUGUAGGUUUGUAUUUUCCAAUGAUCGUUGAGUACUGGAGGGGAGCGUGAAAAUGAUACAAAAUAUUGUAUGCUCUUUUCAAGAUGGUAGUAUCAGAAAAUCACUAAAUAACAGGACCUUUGCACCAGUAUGUGAACUGUGAACUCUCGUCGUUGAUAUCCAGCACCAACGUGGAGUUGAACAAAAUCAAAAGAAAAACCAAGCCCAUUUUCCAGUUCACCUUAGUCUCACAUACUCUUUUUAUGCCUUGUGUCUCAAACUCUUUUUAUGUCAGGAAUUAAUUUAGUACUCCCUCUGUUAAAAAUGCAUACAUUUCUCUAUGUCCGCAUAGACUUGAUGGUUCAUGUAGAAUAAGCUACCAAAAUAUUGCUGUCCACUGUUUUUGGUGAUGUUUCUACUUUAGUCAAAGCUUAUCAGUGGGACUUGGGUAUUGUCACUCCACGCCCAGGUUAAAGUAUGCUUGCUAAAAAAUUAUCCGAGAGAAGUAUGACUCGGGGAACAAGUUUUCCGAAGCUUUUCUUCAUCCACAUAGACUGCUCGUAUGAAAUAGAGUUGGAAGUUUCGCGCAUGAAUUUCUCCGAAGAAAUAAAUUUACUCUCAGAGAAGAAGGGGGUUUUUAGAUGUAAAAUUUGGUUUCUUGUGUCUUUAUGUGUGAUAACAUGAUUGACUUGAUGAUCUCUAUUGCCAUGUAUCUGGCUCUGGGAUUACAAUGCUCCAAAAGUUAUCGUCAGCUCUAAAAAUCCUCCCUAUGCGGAAAGAACUAUCAAUAUGUUGGAGGGUGAAACCCAUUGGCACAGAGCCCUCAGAAAUCCAGGAAUCACUUAUUCACUAUGCAAUGUUGUUGGUUUUUCUUUUGCCCUUGGAAGAAUAUAGAGGAAAACUCUAUCAACUGAGCAUUACACUUCAAAGGAUACGAUUUUUCCUCUUGUUCUAGAAAACUUUUUGGUUAGCCCGGCAAAGAAGAGAAAAAAUUCAAACAAAAUGGGAUAGUGGCCUGCUUUUGUAGUGGAAUUUAUUAUUUCUAGUCUCUGUCAUUUACUAGAUUUUGGAAUUUUCCUUGACAAAAGAAAGUUUUCAAGGCCCCAGAAAGAAAAGAUGGAACAAAGUUACGUUUUUGGGCUGGUUCCUUUUUUAUUUUCAUUUCAUAUCCACUUUGCUCAUGUUUUUUUUAUAGUGAUCUUUUGCCAUAGUUAAAUGGAAACAGUGAGUAAAAAGCACACUGUACCUAAAAGAAGACAAAAAGUACAGGGAACGAAAACAGUAACCUAAAUUAUACAGUGAUGGAAAAAUAAAUAAUGUCCUCCUUUACAGUAGAGUAAAAGAAGUGAAAUAAGCCUUUAUCUUCAUUGAUCCUGACCAGUUUUAUGCGAUGUGGGUGCGUUGAUCUUACCUUGUAUUUUUCAAAAGUUUGUCGCAGUUUCAUUUUAUUUCUUUCCCUCUAGAUGACUGAUGCUAUAGCGAGGUAGAGUAUCCUCCUGCAAUGGAAUUCAGCGGGUUACAAGGCAUAAAAUGUCAAUUUUGCGGCAAUUUACUCAUAUCUUAAAUUUUCUCUACUUUGCCAUAAAUUAUGUUGUGACUAAUUUAUGGCUCCACAAGUCACAACGAGAUGGCCAAUGCUCUUGUUUCUUUGAACAACAAACAACACUUUUUUUAUAUUAGGCUUAGUAUUUAAUUUUCAGUUCUAUCAGUUCACUCGUUGGCUGCUGCCUAUUGUUCACGUUCCAAAGUUAGUUUAGUUUUUUUAGGGAAGCUUAUUCUCCCAAACGGUCCUCCUUAACGAGACUACAUCCUCCACCAAGAUUUUUUAUGCAUUCAUUCUCCAUUUUCUACUGCCCUCUUGACCUCACUUGUCUGUGGGUUGAAGAAAUGGAAAAAAGACCAACAUAUUCAGCGAGUUCACCCUCUAAUAAGUUCCUUUUAAGUUUGAGAUCGCAAUUAUCGUUGGUCUGUUUGUAGGUAGAUGUUUUGUUGUCUUCAGAUACGUCAGAAUUGCAUAAACAAAAGCAGGAACAUUUUCAUGUAGCCACGUGCCCUCCAGGCCUCGGUAGUAUCCAUCUGGAAAUCAACUAAUAUUUCGGAGCUUUUUCGUUAGAUGAAAAUUCUCCUUUUAUGGUUUUUGAUUGUUGGCGUCUCAGCACAGUUGAAAAAGUACUCACUAUGAUUUAAUUUUCCGUUGACUCAUUACAUAUUAUUAGAGUCAAAGCUCAGACAGGACCGAAACUAAUACUGCAUUUUAGAUGGGAGUUCCUGUUGUAUCAUAGCAUAUAUGGAAAUAUUAAUAUUAGGUUCUUGCCGACGAUUGUCAGAACGUCUGGCAUUGAUUUUUAUUUUUUUAAUUAUUGUCACGUGACUUGAACGAGGAUGCUAGAAAGAAGCAUUAAGCCUUGGUAAACAUGAAAGUAGCCCUGUGCAGGGUUCAUUUCAGCACCUAUUCUGACUUUGUUGGAGUGCAAAAUAUUUGGCUACAAAGAUAAAAGUAGAAAAACGGAAGCUAAGGACAAACUGGAUUGUUUACGUUUCUGAGAAAUCCUACCUGGGAAGUGAAGUUCAUUUACCAUUUAAUGUUUCUUCCAAAGUCAACCCUUUAAUUUUUAUGUUCCUUUUUUGUAGAUCGUUGCUUUGCGCAGAGCAAAAAGGAGGAAUAUGGAGCGGCUGGUGUUGGCUUGUGGGGGAGAUGCUGUUAAUUCUGUGGACGACUUGACCUCAGACUGUCUUGGUUGGGCUGGGCUUGUUUAUGAGCAUGUUCUUGGGGAAGAAAAAUAUACAUUUGUUGAGAAUGUGAAGAACCCUCAUUCUUGUACAAUUUUGAUAAAAGGUCCAUUCAUUUCCUUGUAUUUCUCAUGCUUUUGCUUUCUACUGUGAUCAGCUGGGCUGCUUUAACUCUUGGAAUCAUCAUGACUGAUUUGGGUUAAUUACAGGGCCUAAUGAUCACAGCAUCGCGCAAAUUAAAGAUGCUGUUCGAGAUGGUCUUAGAUCUGUUAAGAACACGAUUGAAGAUGAGGCAGUUGUGCUGGUGAGGAUGUUGGCAGUGUUCUUUUCUUAUGUUAUCAUAAUUUCUUUCAUUUGUGAACCAGAAAACCUUAAUUUCUUAUUGUUUUUGUCUGAUAUGGGUAAUAUACUAAAGUUUCUCCUGUACCCACAUGGUAUAUAUAUAUAUAUAUAUAUUAAAAGAAAUUAAACUGAAUGUAUUAUUUUUCCUGCAAUUGGAUGGACACUUGAUUAGGUCACUGCUGCUACACUCUCUUAUUUAAUAAUCGUUUUUUAGAUCACGAUGCAUUUAUUUUAUUUAUUUUUAUACGGAAACAAGCUUGAACAAGUGCAGAUCGAUUUCCAAAACCCUUUGAAUAUGGCUGGUUUCACUAAUGUUUUCUUUUUCAAGUCCGCUAGUUGUGGCCAUCCUUAUUGAUAAUAGUCUUAAAGCUUAUAAAAGAUACUACUUAUGGCAAAAUAUUACGUACUACCAUUAAGGCUAAACAUCGAUCAGAUGGAUAAUAUUUCUCUGUUGGUGUGCUGCCUACCCAAUAAAGAAAAUUCUUUUAUGUCGUUAUAAAUAUAUAUAUAUAUAUAUAUAUAUACUGACGAUAUAUGUGUGAUCAAUUCUGAGCAUGAUGGUAAACUGUCUGUAAUUUAUCUGAAUAUGCUGAAUAUGGAAUUCCUGAUUCUUUGGCUUCGGUUUAUUUUUUUCUCUUGGUGAAAUCUUCGUCAUAGAACUAAUGCUGUUCUGAUCAAACUCAGGGCGCCGGGGCUUUUGAGGUCGCCGCCAGACAGCAUCUGAUCAAUAAUGUGAAGAAAACUGUGAAGGGGGUAAGUGUCCUCUUCUCUCUCUCUCUCUCUCUCUCUCUCUCUCUCUCUCUCUCUCUCUCUCUCUCUCUCUCUCUCUCUCUCUCUCUAUCUAUAAAGAAAGAGAAGAAGGAUCAUCCUAUGCCCGCUAGCUCUACUGUCGCAUCUUGUCAUAACGAUCAAUCUGUCUCUUCUCAACAGCGUGCACAGCUCGGCGUGGAGGCCUUUGCCGACGCCCUCCUGGUCAUACCCAAGACACUCUCUGAGAACUCCGGCCUCGACACCCAGGACGUCAUCAUUGCUCUCACAGUAGGCAUCUCUGUCUCUCUCUCUCUAUCUCUAUCAAUCUAUCUCUCACUCUCUCUCCCUCUCUAUCUCUCUCUCUCUCUCUCUCUCUCUCUCUCUCUCUCUCUCUCUCUCUCUCUCUCUCUCUCUCUCUCUCUCUCUAGCUUGCCCGAAUUCCAACUGGGCGGCAUCAUUGAAACUGGAGGUUUUCAGCUGAGAUUCAUGGAUCAUCUCAUCUCAUCUCAUCUCAUUCAGGGGGAGCACGAUCGAGGGAAUGUUGUGGGCCUGAACCAUCACACUGGAGAGCCGAUGGAUCCCCAGAUGGAGGGAAUCUUCGACAACUACUCCGUCAAGCGGCAGAUUAUAAACUCUGGGUAAAUCUCACCUCCAUUGUCCCCCCCAAUCGCCGGCAAGUGGUGAGAUUUUCCUUGGUGUUGACCCCAUUUUGUUGGAACUCUUGCAGGCCCGUCAUUGCCUCGCAGCUGCUUCUAGUGGAUGAGGUCAUCCGGGCCGGCCGGAACAUGCGGAAGCCGAACUGA